AUCCUGAUUGGUUCUGCAAGCAGAGGCGGUGGUUCAGUGGACCGCGAGCUGUGCGAGCGGAACACGUGUUAUCUCCUGCUAGGAGUUUAAGGGUCCUGGCGGUACGGAGUGUUGUAAUCCACGGAACCUGGAAGAAUCCCUAAAGAUGAAGCUGAGUCUCGUCAAAGUCGUUAAUGGCUGCCGUCUAGGAAAAAUACAAAACCUGGGCAAGGCAGGGGACCGCACAGUGGACAUUCCAGGCUGUCUUCUCUACACCAGGACUGGCUCUGCCCCUCACCUGACACAUCACACACUGCAUAAUAUCCAUGGGGUCCCAGCCAUGGUCCAGCUCACACUGUCAACCUUAGCAGAACAUCAUGAAGUCUUGGCAGAGUAUAAAAAAGGAGUUGGAAGUUUUAUAGGCAUGCCAGAAUCUCUCUUCUACUGCUCCCUGCACGAUCCAGUCAGCCCCGGCCCAUCUGGUUAUGUAACAAAUAAGUCUGUGUCUGUGUGGGGUUUUGGAGGUCGAGUGGAAAUGACCGUUUCCAAGUUCAUGGCCAUUCAGGAGGCCCUGCAGCCGGACUGGUUCCAGUGCCUCUCAGAUGGCGAGGCAUCUUGUGCAGAAGCAACUUCCAUAAAGAGGGCCAGGAAGUCUGUGGACCGGUCCCUUCAGUUCCUGGACAGCUGUUUGCGACUACAGGAAGAGUCUGAGGUCCUUCAGAAAAGUAUGAUCAUUGGAGUGAUUGAAGGUGGAGAUGUGAUGGAAGAGAGGUUGAGGUCCGCACGAGAGACAGCCAAGCGGCCUGUGGGGGGCUUCCUUCUGGACGGCUUUCAAGGAAAUCCAACAGUCACAGAAACCAGGCUGCAUUUGCUCUCGUCAGUCACUGCAGAGCUGCCAGAGGACAAACCAAGGCUCAUCUGCGGAGUCAGCCGGCCCGACGAAGUGCUCGAUUGUAUUGAAAGAGGAGUGGACCUGUUUGAGAGUUUUUUCCCAUAUCAAGUGACUGAGCGGGGCUGUGCCCUGACUUUCACCUUUGAUUGCCAGCUGAAUCCUGAAGAGACAUUAUUGCAGCAGAAUGGAAUCCAAGAAGAAAUAAAAUGCUUGGAUCAAAUAAAGAAAAUUGAAGCAGCUGGGUGCAACCAAGAAAUGACAUCAUUUGAAAUUAAUCUGAAAGAGAAAAAGUACCAGGAAGACUUCAGCCCGCUCGUGAGCGGGUGCUCCUGUUACUGCUGUAAGAAUCACACUCGCGCAUACAUCCACCAUCUGCUGGUGACCAACGAGCUCCUGGCCGGCGUCCUGCUCAUGAUGCACAACUUUGAACACUACUUCAGAUUUUUCUGCUCCAUCCGGGAAGCACUAAAAAGUGACACUCUGGCACAGUUGAAAGAACUUAUCCGCCGACAGAUGUCUUGAGAAUGGGAAAAGAAUCCAAGACCUGAGCUUUCAGUGUUGAUGGCAGGAGUGAAGAGCACCUGCCUCGGACUGCCCAUGGCGGUGCGGAGGAAGGCCUGCUGGAGACCUCAAUGGACCAUAAUGAUAUGAACCAUGACUUUAAAACUUUCUCGGCUUAUUCCACAAGUAGAUAGAGGUUCGUUUAGUUGAAGACAAAGCAUUAGAUGUGAGAGAGUUUUGAAAGGAUGGUGAGGGUCUAGGAACUGCUGAGAUUGGUGGGGGAGAGGCACAGCUGGGGCCUGGAGAGAAACCUGACUGAUUCGAACAGGGGUUUUUGUUUCUCCUCAUGCUCUCAGGGACUUUUGGGCAAAUGCAGACACGGUUUUAGGGAGAAUCUCUAGAAUCUUCUUUUUAGGGUUCAAUUUAACUUCAGCAUGUUUUGAUUUAGUAAAGCAGAAUGUUUCCUCCAGGGUCAACUUUUCCUUGUUAAAAAACAUGGCAAGACAUUCUGGUUGUAAAUCAUCAGAGUCAAAUAAUCAAGGCAGAAUUUGUCUUGACAUGAUCUCUGUUUGGAAUUCUUCAUGACUUUGAGGACCAGCACUGGUUCACAAACAUUGAAAGUAGCCUUCGUUCUGCAUGUAGUUUGGGUAUUUCUGAGGAAAUGGAAGGAUAUCAUAAAAGGAAUUUU